UUUGCAAAUGGUGUUUGUAAACUAUCCAAAUUGAGCUCUCAUUUUUUUCACUCCCCCCCCAUCCCCCUCGCCCUUCUAUCCUCUCCUCCUCCUCCUCCUCCCCCCAAUCCAUAGCCACUCCCCUCCAAUCAACUUACUUUUAACAUGACAAUGGCCUUGAAAAUUCUCUCUAAUCAAGGCAAAGUUAGGAAGGACAUAAAUCUACCCCCACGCUAUAGGCAUCUGUUUGUAUGUUUGUCUGAUAGAGUCUGCCCCUGUCCAUCUCCACCUUGUCUUCUCUGAGAUUAGGGUUUUAUUUUGGGGUAAGGUCCCCCAAACACAAACAUCCAUGAGUGCCCACUUGGCAAUGCCCCCCUACCAGCCUUACCCAGGCGGGGUAGGAACUGGAAUAAAGUAUGGAGACUACUACUGGAACUGCCCAGGGGAGAUGGACAAUGUCCCCCACAAAGAGGCAGCAGAUGCUGAUGUCCCGGUCCCAGAGCCAGAGGAGAAGACCCUCCGUAACCCAGAGCUCUCUCCAGCGUCCUCCAGCUCGGGCGCACCCAUGCGGUACACGCCGGACUCGGCCACCAGCCCCAACACGGAGCCCCCAUCCCCGCACCCUGCGAUCCGGAUGGGUGGGGUGGAAAGCGGGGGAGGGGUGAAGAAGGCCAAGAGCCGCACGGCCUUCUCCCAGGAGCAGCUGCAAACCCUGCACCAGCGAUUCCAGAGCCAGAAAUACCUCAGCCCCCAGCAGAUCCGGGAGCUGGGCUCAGCCCUGGGGCUCACAUACAAGCAGGUAAAAACAUGGUUUCAAAACCAACGAAUGAAGUUUAAACGAUGUCAGAAGGAAACUCAGUGGAUGGAAAAAGGGACAUGCCUAUCCCAAGCAGGUUACCUGGAUUUGAACCCCAGUUAUCACCAGGGUUGUCCAGUUAGUGCCAGCAGGAACAUCCAGACUGUGACCAAUGUGCAUCAGAGCUAUGGUAGCAGCCAGACCUAUGGGAGUGGCCAGAGCCUGUACCCCUUCGUGGCUAUCGAGGAGGAGGGGUUCUUUGGGAAAGCUGGGGGAGCCUGCAGCACCCAGCAGGCAAUGGGCUUCUUCAGCCAGCAAAAGAUGAACUUUUAUCAUGGCUUCCCGGCGAACAUGGAUUAUGCCAGCAUGGAGACAGAAGAUGGCUACCACUUCCAGAAUGCCUCUGUCAAUGCAACGUCCUUCCCGGGCACAGCUGGGUGCCAGCAGUACCAGCCAGUAUGGCACCCUCAAGGGACGCAAAGCAACUAUAACUCUUAGGCCUAUCCUUUUCCUUUCCCCCUCCCACUCUUCCUUCAGUUUCUCUUAUCUGGCCUCUCAGUUCUUUAGGGCCCUGAUCCUGACUCCUGAAACGUGUGGAGUCCCCCAGCUCCCACUGACUCCAGUGGAGGGGCUUGGCACCUUGCAGGAUGGUUGGGGUCUCUCUCUCCUUCUCUUCUUUAAGAGGCACCUGUCUGUGUCUGACUCAAGAGGUGUGCUGCAUGGCUCUGAAGUUGGCUUUCCUCAUAUUGACCCUGGCUGGCUCCAGGAAGAGGCUCUGUAUGUGUAUGGAAAGCCAUGUUCAUGCAGGGAAGUUUGUGAAUGUUGGAAUUGGAGAUGAUAGAGUCUGCACCAGUGAGUCCUUUCCCUACCCUAGUGUCCCCAGUACAGCAGUAUCCCCUCUGUAGACCCUUUCCCAGGCUUGGUCCAGUCCAUGUUUGAAAUUAACUGAUUUCAAAUACAACACAGAAUACAAAGUGUACAGUGCUCACUUUAUAAUAUUACUUUUAAUUGCAAAUAUUUGCACUGUAAAAAAAUAAACAAAACCCAAGCAUGGGGUUUUCCCUGGGUAAGAUUCUUCUACCCUUCAGCAGACCCCUCAUUGUUAGAAAAUGUUCCUGAUUAUGCAACCUGAAAUUCCCCCCCCCCCCCCUUUGUGUGUUCCCUCCCUCCACCAGCCAACCUCCAUAACAUUUGAACAUCUAAUACAUCCUUCAACAGGGAACACUCUCCAGCCCUGACCAGGGGCUAGAUUUGGUCAUCUAAUCUUUAAAAAAAUCUCAGAUUUACUAUGAUUGUAAAUAACUGCAAUCCCUUUUUAAUUAGGACCUGAAUAUCUACUAAACAGUGACAAGAGACUGCCCAGUCCUCAGUUGGUGCAAAGCAGCAUAGCUUCAUCGACAUCACCAUUUGCACCAGCUAAGCAUCUGGACCACCACAGGG